GCAAUUUUAUUAAACAGUUGAGCUUGACUGCUAUGCUUAUCAUUUGAGACUGACCCCCAAAACCCCCCUCACAUGCUCUUUCAUGGCACCCUCCUCUAUUUAUACCCAUAUCCUUUCUCUUUCACUUCCUCAUCAAUAUCAACCUCUCUCUCUCUCUCUCUCUCUCUCUCUCUAGCGCUCUUCCUUUCUCUCCCUCUCUAGCCUUUGAUCAUGGCUUGUGCCUCUGAUACUGAUGAGCUAUUCUCGGGCCGGUGCAUUUGGGUAAACGGCCCACUUAUAAUCGGCGCAGGUCCAUCGGGCCUCGCCGUUGGAGCCUGCCUGAAGGAGCACGGCGUCCCUUUCGUCAUCCUCGAGCGGUCAGACUGCAUCGCCUCACUCUGGCAGAAACGGACUUACGAUCGCCUGAAACUCCACUUACCCAGAAAAUUCUGCCAGUUACCUAAACUCCCAUUUCCUGAAAACUACCCUGAGUACCCAUCAAAAGACCAGUUCAUUGAAUACCUAGAGUCCUACGCAACUAAGUUUGAUCUCAACCCUCAGUUCAAUGAAACAGUGAUAUCGGCCAAGUACGAUGAAGUUGGGGGGAUUUGGAGAGUGAGGACUGUGAGUAAAAAGACUGAGGUUGAGUACAUUUGCCAGUGGCUCGUAGUUGCUACCGGAGAAAAUGCAGAGAGUUUGAUUCCUGAAUUCGAAGGAAUCAGGGACUUUGGUGGGUUAAAAAUGCACGCUUGCGAUUAUAAGUCAGGUAAAGACUUCGAAGGGAAGAAAGUUCUUGUUGUUGGCUGUGGAAAUUCUGGCAUGGAGCUCUGCUUAGAUCUCUGUCUGCACAAUUCUCGGCCUUCCAUGGUUGUUCGUGACUCGGUUCACGUAUUGCCGAGGGAAAUUCUUGGGAAGUCGACUUUCGAGCUGGCUGUUACGCUGAUGAAGUGGCUUCCGGUGAAGUUUGCCGAUAAAAUUGUGCUGGCCCUGGCUAGGAUUGUGCUCGGCAACGUAGAGAAAUAUGGGCUCAAAAGGCCAGAUAUUGGGCCUUUAGAGCUCAAGAACACACAGGGAAAAACCCCUGUUUUAGACAUUGGAGCUCUGAAAAGGAUCAGAUCAGAGGAGAUCAAAAUUGUGCCUGGAAUCAAGAAAUUUUCUCCUGGAAAGGUCGAGCUUGUCGAUGGAAGAGUACUCGAUGUAGAUUCCGUUAUUUUUGCAACUGGGUAUAGUAGCAACGUCCCAUCUUGGCUUCAGGGAAGUGACUUCUUUAACAAAGAUGGGUUUCCUAAAGAACAAUUUCCUAACGGAUGGAAAGGGAAGUCAGGAUUAUAUGCAGUUGGGUUUACGAGGAGAGGGCUCUCUGGUGCUUCUUUAGAUGCAGUGAGGAUAGCAGAGGACAUCGGCAAAGUUUGGAAGGAGGAGACAAGGCAAGCAAAGCACAUAAUUGCUUGUCAUAGGAGAUGCAUGUCUCAAAUGUGAUACAAAUUUGCCAAAGUUGUGAUCCUUGUUAUGUGUAAAAUAAUGUAAGAUUGACCCCCCCUCACAAUAACUACUAAGAAAGGAGGCAGCCCGCUCUCAAUGGAGCCCAAGUUUUGCAAAAGGAAUGGGCUUUAUGUGUACAGAGAAAAGGGAGAAAAAAAAAAGAUGAUGAUGAGGCUUUUCUUGUUUUCUUUACCUUUACUUUUUCUACGUUUUUCUUAUUUUGUUUGAUCUUUGUUUAACUUUUGUUGACCUUUUGUACAAUGAUUUAAAGCAUGAUUUCUUGGAAAGACCAUUGAUUCUUUGU